CUCCGGGGCUGCGUGCUUCAGGUCGGAACUCGGGGCCAGUGCCUGCAGAGAGACUGAAGCGCUCGGUUCCCCCGGGGGGCCGCAGCCUGGGCUUGUGGGGGCGCAGGCCCGGGGGAUGCUGGGUUCGGUGAAGAUGGAGGCCCAUGACCUGGCCGAAUGGAGCUACUACCCGGAGGCGGGCGAGGUGUACUCUCCAGUGAGUCCUGUGCCCACCAUGGCCCCUCUCAACUCCUACAUGACCUUGAACCCGCUCAGCUCUCCCUACCCUCCCGGAGGGCUUCAGGCCUCCCCACUGCCUACAGGACCCCUGGCACCCCCAGCCCCCACAGCACCCCUGGGGCCCACCUUCCCAGGCCUGGGUGCUGGUGGCAGCGGUGGAAGCACUAGUUCCGUGUACGGAGGAGCCCCAGGACCUGGCGGGCUGGUUCACGGAAAAGAAAUGGCGAAGGGGUACCGGCGGCCACUGGCCCACGCCAAGCCCCCGUAUUCCUACAUCUCUCUUAUCACCAUGGCCAUCCAGCAGGCGCCAGGGAAGAUGCUGACCCUGAGCGAGAUCUACCAAUGGAUCAUGGACCUCUUCCCGUACUACCGGGAGAACCAGCAACGUUGGCAGAACUCCAUCCGGCACUCGCUGUCCUUCAACGACUGCUUCGUCAAGGUGGCCCGCUCCCCGGACAAGCCCGGCAAAGGCUCCUACUGGGCCCUGCAUCCCAGCUCCGGGAACAUGUUUGAGAACGGCUGCUAUCUCCGCCGCCAGAAGCGCUUCAAGUUGGAGGAGAAGGUGAAGAAAGGGACGGGCGCCGCCUCUGCAGCCAGGAAUGGUACGGCGGCCACCUCUGCAGCCACUGCGGCUGCCACGGUAGUCCCCUCCCCGGCUCAGCCCCAGUCUUCUGAGCCUGAGGCUCAGGCUGGGGAAGAUGUGGGGAGUCUCGACUGCGCCUCACCCCCUUCCUCCACACCGUAUUUCACUGGCCUGGAGCUCCCGGGGGAACUGAAGCUGGACGCACCCUACAACUUCAACCACCCUUUCUCUAUUAACAACCUGAUGUCGGAACAGACACCAGCCCCUUCCAAACUGGACGUGGGGUUUGGGGGCUACGGCGCCGAUAGUGGGGAGCCUGGAGGCUACUACCAGAGCCUCUAUUCCCGCUCUCUGCUUAAUGCAUCCUAGCAGGGCAACUGGGACCGUGGUGAUGGGGGUUAGUUGUGACAGACACGGUCUAUUUACUGUGAUGACCCAUUGGCUACUGUGGUAACUGCCACUGCGUGGA